GACGUUACUUACAAUCAACAAAAUGUCCACGAAAGACAAAUCUGCGAAUAAGGAUAUGGACAAAGGUGCCGCAGGAGAUGCACUUAGCAUGUCCAGUAGUUCCUCGAUGGAUGAACAAGAGGCUGCCGAGAAAAAGAAAAAGGACCUACUGCCAACUGCGCCCGUCAUCCCAGUGCCAGAAUAUAGCGAAGAGGACCUGAAUAAGCUCGUCAUGUAUGUGAAACGCAUGACAAUGCUGUUCGGUUUGGAUCAUCGCGACUGGACUGAAGAAACGCUCAAUGGCAUCAAACGUUGGUUUAUGGAGGUGAAUAACCCGCUAAUGACGAUCUUCUACGAUCGCAAUGUAAUUAGUGUGUGUUUGGGAUUUCCGCUGGUACCGGUGGCCGAUAUUAAUUACUAUGUGCGCAAGCCUAACCAAAUCUUCACUGUAGAUGGUUUCCACGAUGAGAUUUAUUUUGGUUCCUUGCAAGAGGACGUUGACGGCUGUUUGUUGAAGAUUAUGCAAUAUGUAUAUCAGCCAAUAUUUCGGAAUUAUAAAGACUGGAACGACAAUAUUAAGAGUCGCUUUUGUAGAGCAAUGGAUAAAUUUCUCUGCUACCUCACCAGCUUGCAUUACAAAAUGGCGGGUUUGACAGUUUUGUAUGUGCCUUAUGUGGUGAAGCAAGUCUCACGUCCCGGCGUGCAACAUGAUCGCGAGUUCGUCAAAAAUCUGGAAUCGAUUGUGGUUUAUUGGACGACACAGAUACGUACAUUAUUGAAUGAUAAGACACUUGUGGCUCAGCAUGAUUUCGUAGUGCCACCGGAGGAGUACGAGUUUUGGCUGUAUCGAUUUGAAGUACUUCAAGGUUUGGACAAUCAGCUACAACACGAAGACGUACAACAAAUCAUUCAAGUGCUACGUAUUUCUCAUUCUGUUUAUAUUAAACAAGUGGAUGAGCUUAUUCAAGAGUGCCACAAUGAAAUGGAAGAAGCUAAAUCAAAUAUUAAAUAUCUCUAUUUGCUCAUAGAGCCUUGCUCACUUAUUGACAAAGCCGAAUCACCUGCUGCCGUACCGGCACUAAUACCACGCAUUGUAAAUAUCAUUCGUUAUAUUUGGUUGAACUCUGAAUUUUACCAGCGUCGCGAUCUCAUUACUGGCCUUUUUCGGAAUCUCAGCAAUCAGAUUGUUAAGUUUUGUCUCGAUCAAGUCAAUGUUGAUCUGGUGUUGCAAGGCAAUUCACGUUUUGGCAUACGUAUGGCAAAUAUGGCAAUCGAUUGUUGUCUGUCAUAUAAAGCCAUUUAUGAGUUAAUGUCCAAGAAGCAUGCUGCGCGAGAACCUGCAAUUGGUUGGGAUUUAGAAAACGCUAUGAUCUUCAAUCAUGUCGACGCCUUUAUUGAACGUCUCAAUGAUCUAAUUGACAUCUGUGAAUCGAUGAUUGUGUUUGGACGUUUGGAUGAAACCGAGGCAAUACCAAAACCAACGUUUGGCGGAACGAACGGCGAGGAGUUUGAAAGAACUGCGGAAGGUGUUGAGAAGCAGUUUAAGAUAUUACUGGAUGCUUUGGAACACGAUUCCAAAGAGCUAAUAUUGAAUGUCAACAAAAAUGAGUGGUAUGAAGAGGUCUUAAAAUAUCGCCGCACUGUAUUAAGCUUUGAAGAGACCAUACAACGCCUCAUGUCGAAUGUUUUUCAACGCAUCUGCAAUAUCGAGGAGGGUCUCGAGGUACUGAAUGUAACACUCUUUUACUCCUAUCGCGCCAGUAUACGCAAAACUUACCUUCGUCAAGUGAGUGAUGUCUGGCUAAUGUUCGACAAAGAAAUGUCAGACACAACGAAAAUGUUAAUAGAACGUAUAAAGGUGCACGAAUCUUGGAUCCCAUAUUAUGUUUCCCGUGCCAUUGGCUAUCGCGUUAAUCUCGAGCGUCUUCAAUGGCUACGCGAUCGACUCAACACUUCUGACUGGCUGCCGGUGGUGCCCGAGGCAAAAAUUGUGCUCGAAAAAUUUGAAAAUCUCAAAAAGGACUUUACGAAAGAAAUCCGAAAAGCAUUCGAUGAAUGGGUAACAAAUUGCAGUAGUAGCACCCUAGAAAAUCGUUUGGAACGUACGCUGCUCGUGCGCAGCAAGGUAAAACGUGGCCUACUCGAAUGUAAUAUGGAUCGUACGGUGUUGAGCAUAUGUGAACAAGCGCGACAUUUCGAGAAGCUUGGCUUUCAAAUACCAGCGCUAAUUCGUAAGGUUUACGAUCGCUACAACACAUUACAAUUUGUCUAUAAUAGUGUCGUUACGGUGUGUUUGGACUACAAUCGCAUACUGGCCGCUCUUUCGGAAGAGGAGAGAAAUCUAUUUCGUGCACUGAUAUAUGCAUGCGAUCGGAAAAUAUCACCCGGCCUAUUUAAGCUCACGUGGAGUGGUGAAUUGAGUGAUGCUUAUAUAGCAGACUGUGCAAAGCAUACGAAGAAACUACAGGACUCAUUGGACAUUUACAAACGUGCCAAUCGCCAAAUUGCGAAGACAUGUGAGAAAAUCUGCGACACACCCUUGAUGAAGAUAGCUUUAAGCGGAGCUCUGGAAUUGCCAGUAUUCGAGUUAACACUGCAGUCUGCUAUUCGUAGAGCGACGAACGCUAUUAUGGACCACUACGAUACAAUUGUGGAUCUACUCUUUGCCGUAUUCACUGAGUUUCAACCGGUUUUAGAUGAGAUGGAAACUGAGUGGUAUGGAUAUGUCACCCAAUUCGAUAAUAUGCUGAAUGCGGCACUAUUGUCCAGUGCUCGCAACUCUUUGCUGAACGUAUACAAUUUAGUACGCUCUCAAGGUGAUAUACUUCCAUCGCCCAUACUCAUUGUAAAGGUCGAUAUUGUGGACGGCAAGAUACAACUGUAUCCACCCAUGAAAGAUAUCAUUAAACUUUUUUCGGAAAUGUCCGAGCGCGUUAGCACAAGUUUGGCGGUUUUCCCUAGGCUAACGGCGAAACUUAAAUUGCCAAAAGAGUAUCAACAACCAUUGUUUUCCAUAACUUUUGCAAAUGAUAAGGAAUCUAAACAAAUACAAUCUUCACUGGAAUAUGAAUCGAAAUACAAUGAAGAAGAGAUUGAAACGUUUUUGAAAGGCUGGCGUUAUUAUCACGAUGUCUGGGAGAAAACGGAUGUUGAAUUUACAAAGUCCAUACUGUCAACGAAUCAGAGCGCUCGUGUUUUUGAACAGAGUAUUGAAUAUUAUAGCGUUUUGGCUGAUGAAAUUGGUAUUAAGGACUCCAUAGUAAAUGUGUACUUUAUCUUGGUGAAUCAGAACUUUCUUAAGAACACUGUAAUGGACUAUAUAGAGAAAUGGCAAAUGUUGAAUGUUAAAUUGUUGCUACGACGUGCAACCACCAAAAUAAAUGGUGUAUACCGUUACAUGCGGAAAAAUGGCGAGCGCAUUCAAAUAGUACCACGUAAUCUAAAAGAGGCCCGUGAAGCCACGGAACUUUAUGAAUUCCUCUUCAAUGAUGCCCCACGCAAACAAGCGGAAUUUCCUGCAAUGUUCGAUCUUUUCAAAUUGCUCGAUCGUUUCUUGGUUGAAAUACCCGAUACAACACGCAAGCUGGUUACUAAAUUUGAAGCUGAGUGGGAUGCAUAUUUGAAAACUUUGUUAGAUUCCGGCGAUAUGCUAGAUACGACACGAGAAGAAUUUAAGAAAGUAUUACUGCGACAAGCUGACAAAUUCAAGACAGUCAUGAAGGAGUUUCUAGCCGAUUUUUUGGUCAAACUACCGACCUCUUCGCAAACCAAACCAAAAACUGCACUCAAAUAUUUGAAAAUUAUUGAUAAUAAAGUACAAGAUUGCUUCAAAUUCCAGAAGGGUUUAAUUGACGAUUUAAGUACCUUUCAUAUCAAUCAACCCGAAAAUAUGGAUUUGAAAAAAUUACAGAAUGAAUUAGAAGUUAUUAGAGGUAUUUGGGAGCUUAUAAUGGAGUGGCAAACGGCAUGGGAUGAAUGGCGUGCCUCCAACUUUUGGCAAACCAACAUUGACGAAAUGGAAGAUACGGCUAUCAAUUUGUAUAAGGAAUUCAAUAUAUUAAAUAAACGUUAUAUGGAUCGCAAUUGGGAUAUGUUGCAGGUGACCACGAAAAAUGUGGAUAGUUUUCGGCGUACGUUACCCUUAAUAACGGCACUCAAGAAUCCAUGCAUGAGAAAACGGCACUGGGAUGCCGUGCGAGGAACUGUUGGCGUAGACUUUGAUGAGAACUCUAAAAAGUUUACUUUGGAACUGAUUAUUAAUUUGGACUUUCAAGCUUAUUCCGAAGAGAUUCAGGAUACUUCAAAUGCCGCCACAAUGGAAUUGCAAAUCGAAAACGGUAUCAAGAAUAUUGCAAGUAUUUGGCGUAAACAAUCAUUCGAAAUGGCAUUCUAUAGAGAUGGUAUAUAUCGAAUAAAGAACGUGGAAGAUUGCAUGCAGUUGCUCGAAGAACAUAUGGUUCAAAUAUCGGCCAUGAAGUCCACUCGUUUUGUGGAGCCUUUCAGCGAAAUUGUCGACUACUGGGAGAAGACCCUCUCGUAUAUUGCAGAGACUCUAGAAAUGGCGUUGAACGUCCAACGUCAGUGGUUAUAUUUGGAGAAUAUCUUUACCGGCGAAGAUAUACGUAAGCAAUUGCCGAAUGAGGCGAAUCGCUUUGUCGAACUCACCGACGAGUUUCGUAUGAUUAGUUCAAAAAUGUUUAAUGCUAAGUCCGCUGUGCGCGCCACACAUCUACGUAAGCCACCGUUUCUGCUCGAGCGUUUCAAUAAAAUGGACGAACGUUUGGAGCUUAUACAACGUGCACUAGAAAUCUAUUUGGAGUCCAAGCGACAAUUGUUUCCACGCUUUUAUUUCAUUUCGAACGAUGAUUUGCUGGAGAUUUUGGGCAAUGCCAAACGCCCUGACUUAGUACAGCCUCAUCUAAAGAAACUAUUUGAUAACUUGUACAAGUUGGAAUUAAAACGUGUUGGAAAAACGAUGAGUCGUUUUCAGGCAAUGGGCAUGUACUCGGACGAUGGCGAAUAUGUGGAAUUUCUCAAUGUGCUUUAUAUUGAAGGUCCUUCUGAAAAGUGGUUAAAUGUAGUCGAGAAUUUUAUGUUAGCCGUUAUGAAGGAAAAACUUAAGCUAACGCGUGCCUCACUCAAGAAGCUUAUUGGCAAUCGCGAACAAUGGCUCUCGCUAUGGCCAGGCCAAAUGUUACUUACUACAUGCCAAAUCCAAUGGACAACCGAAUGCACACGCAGUCUCAUCCAUUGCAAGAUGAUCGAUCAGAAGAAACCACUGCGCAAACUAAAGCGCAAACAGAACAAGGUGUUGGCCAAAUUAUCAGAACUGAGUCGCAAAGAUCUUGCGAAAAUCAUGCGCCUCAAAGUAAAUACUCUGAUCACCAUUGAGAUACAUGGACGUGAUGUUAUCGAACGAAUGUACAAGGUUAACUGCAAAGAUGUCAAUCACUUUGAGUGGUUCUCGCAGCUACGCUUCUAUUGGCAUCGCGAGUCCGAGCUCUGCGUCAUACGACAAACCAACACGGAGCAUUGGUAUGCGUAUGAGUACACAGGCAACUCUGGACGACUUGUGAUCACUCCGCUCACCGAUCGUUGUUAUAUAACUUUAACAACGGCACUAAAUUUGCAUCGUGGUGGCAGUCCCAAAGGACCAGCUGGUACUGGCAAAACUGAGACUGUUAAAGACUUAGGUAAAGCAUUGGGUAUGUGGGUGAUUGUAACGAAUUGCUCUGAGGGCUUGGACUACAAGAGCAUUGGCAAAAAUUUUUCUGGCUUGGCGCAAACUGGCGCUUGGGGCUGUUUCGAUGAGUUCAACCGCAUUAAUAUCGAAGUGUUAUCCGUAGUUGCGCAGCAAAUUAUGUCCAUCAUGGCGGCGCUCUCCGCCAAACUCACCGAGUUCAACUUCGAAGGUUGUGUAAUCAAGCUUAAGCAUACUGUGGGGCUCUUUAUUACCAUGAAUCCUGGCUAUGCUGGCCGCACAGAACUGCCCGACAACUUGAAAUCAAUGUUUCGACCGAUAGCAAUGAUGGUGCCGGACAACGCAAUCAUAGCCGAGAACCUGCUCUUCUCCGAUGGCUUCACAAACACACGCAGUCUGGCGCGCAAAGUCUUUACGCUCUACGAAUUGGCCAAACAGCAAUUGUCGAAGCAAUAUCACUAUGAUUUUGGACUGCGCUCCAUGGUGGCCUUGUUGCGUUAUGCCGGACGCAAACGACGCCAGCUGCCAAAUACCAACGAAGAGGAAAUUGUAUACUUGGCUAUGCGCGAUAUGAAUGUGGCCCGUUUAACCGCCAACGAUUUGCCACUAUUCAAUGGCAUCAUGUCCGAUAUCUUUCCAGGCGUUACACUCCCAGUUAUUGACUAUAGCGAUUUCAAGACCGCAAUUGAGGAUGAGCUACGUAGUAACGGCUUGCAGCUCAUACCGAUCGCCAUUAAAAAGAUAAUAGAAUUGUAUGAGACGAAAAACUCUCGACAUUCCUCAAUGAUCAUCGGCAAUACGGGCACCGCAAAAUCGGUAACAUGGAAAUGCCUACAAGGUGCCUUUGGACGUAUGAACGCGAAUAAACAUCCCGGCUGGGAGGCGGUCAUUGUGCAUCCAGUCAAUCCAAAAGCUCUUAAUUUAGCCGAAUUGUACGGUGAAUAUAAUUUGGCGACCGGCGAGUGGUUAGAUGGUGUACUUAGCUCGAUUAUGCGUGUGAUAUGCGCCGAUGAAGAUCCUACGCAGAAGUGGCUGCUCUUCGAUGGACCCGUUGACGCAGUUUGGAUUGAGAACAUGAAUUCAGUUAUGGAUGAUAACAAAAUUUUAACAUUGGUGAAUAGCGAACGCAUAACUAUGCCAGCGCAAGUUUCGUUGUUAUUCGAAGUUGCCGACCUGGCAGUAGCCUCACCGGCGACAGUCUCGCGCUGCGGUAUGGUCUACAAUGAUUACAACGACUGGGGUUGGCGCCCAUAUGUGAACUCGUGGGUGGCUCGCCAAAAAUUACCGGAACAUGUGAAACUAUUACGCGAAUAUUUCGACUACUAUUUGGAUAAGGUAUUGGAAUUCAAACGACAGCGUUGUAAGGAAAUCGUUAAGACAAAUCAAUUGAAUGUGGUUAUGUCAAUGUGCAAACUGCUCGAGGCCUUUUCCACAAAACUGAAUGGUAUCGUUUCUGGAAAUCUUGAACAAUUGGAGACAAUGAGUAAAUUGUGGUUUCUUUUCUCGCUCAUUUGGUCUGUGUGCGCAUCGGUUGAUGAAGAUAGUCGCUUGCGCAUUGAUUCCUACAUAAGAGAGAUUGACAGUUCCUUCCCCAUCAAAGAUACUGUUUACGACUAUUACGUUGAUCCGGCACAAGGAACUCUAAUGCCAUGGGAGAGCUUGCUUUCGGACUCUUGGAAGUAUGACGAGAAUGUUCCAUUUUAUAAAAUUAUUGUCCCCACCGUGGACACUGUGCGCUAUGAAUAUCUUGUAUCCAAACUACUGCAAGAAGAGCAUCCGGUCAUGUUGGUUGGUAAUGUGGGCACCGGUAAGACCUCCACUGCAGUCAGCGUAAUGGAGUCCUGCGAUAAAACAAAGUAUACUGUGCUUUCGAUCAAUAUAUCCGCGCAGACAACAGCCGCCGGGUUACAAGAAUCCAUAGAGAAUCGCACCGAGAAACGUACCAAAACCUUUUACGUCCCAAUUGGCGGCAAACGUAUGAUUUGCUUCAUGGAUGACUUCAAUAUGCCUGCCAAGGAUACUUACGGAUCGCAGCCUCCUCUCGAACUUAUCCGACAGUGGAUAGAUUAUAAGUACUGGUUUAAUCGUCGCAAUCAACAGAAAAUCUAUGUGCAGAAUACGUUGCUCAUGGCUGCUAUGGGACCUCCCGGUGGUGGUCGCCAAGUGAUAUCGCCACGCACACAAAGCCGCUUCGUCGUCAUCAAUAUGACGUUCCCCACCGAAGCAACCAUUAUGCGUAUUUUCGGCAGCAUGCUUCAACAGAAAUUGAUACCAUUUGCCAAUGAUAUACGAGAGAUCGCUUUGAAAACCACCUCUAGCACUAUUGAUUUAUAUAACGCUGUGGUUGCUCGUAUGCUGCCCACACCAGCCAAAUCGCAUUAUUUGUUUAAUUUGCGCGACAUAUCGAAAAUAUUCCAAGGACUACUGCGCGGGCAUCAUGAGGCGCAGACGAAACGUGCGAGCUUUUUACGUUUGUGGGUGCAUGAAGCCUUCCGUGUGUUUAGCGAUCGCUUGAUCGACGAUUUAGAUCAGGGCUGGUUCAUGAAUGAGGUGAAUACCGUAUUAGGCAAAUAUAUGGAAAUCACCUUUCACAGUUUGUGUCCCAACAAAAUCGUACCUAUAUUUGGUGAUUUUAUGAGCAAUCAAGGUUAUUAUGAAGAUCUGAAUUUUGACGACCUUCGAAAGUAUAUCAAUCGCCAGAUGGAGGAAUAUAAUGAUUUCCCGGGCAUGGCACGCAUGAAUUUAGUAUUCUUCAAGGAGGCAAUUGAACAUGUAACGCGUGCUGUACGUGUCAUCUCACAACCUCGUGGCCACUUGCUAAAUAUAGGUAUCGGCGGUUCGGGACGGCAAUCACUUGUUCGUUUGGCCGCUUUCAUUUGUGAAUUCGGUACAUUUUCAAUUGAAGUAACAAAAAAAUACAAAACCAACGAAUUCAAAGAGGAUCUGAAAAAUCUUUACAAAGUCACUGGCAUUAAACAACGUGGCACUGUCUUCAUUUUCAGUAAUGAGCAAGUGGCGGAGAGCACAUUCCUUGAAAUACUUAACAACAUGUUGAGCACUGGAGAGGCGAAUCUUUUUAAGGCGGACGAAUUCGAAGAGUUGAAAACUGAACUGGAGCGACCAGCCAAAAAGGCAGGCAUUCAGUUUACCACAGAAUCACUGUAUAAUUUCUUUAUGCAAAAUGUGCGCGAAAAUAUGCACAUUGUAUUAGCGAUGAGUCCGAUUGGUGAAGACUUCCGUAGCUAUAUACGACAGUAUCCGGCCUUGAUCAACAACACUUCACCGGAUUGGUUUCGUCUUUGGCCGCAGGAAGCCCUGUUGGAGGUAGCGCAAAAGUUUCUAAUGGGCUUUCAAAUAAAUGUGCCAGUUCCCGGAAAAGAGGAUGACAACAACAGAGAGAGCUUAAUUAUUACGACAGAAGAUAAGUUACAGAAGGCCGUUGCUUAUGUUUUCUCGGUUAUUCACUCGAGCGUCGCCGAGAUAUCAAUUCAGAUGUUAGCUGAAGUGAAGCGACACAAUUACGUUACAUCACCAAAUUAUUUAGAGUUGGUUAGCGGAUUCAAAUUGUUACUCGAAAAUAAGCGUUUCGAAGUAUCUUCCAGCGCCAAUAAAUUAAGAAAUGGACUCUCAAAAAUUCAAGAGACACAAGACAAAGUUUCAGUAAUGACCGAAGAACUUAAAAUCAGCUCAGAACAAGUGAAAAUCUUAGCCAAAGAAUGUGAAGAGUUCAUUGCAAUCAUUGAGAUCCAAAAGGCAGAGGCCACAGAACAAAAGGAAAAAGUCGACGCAGAGGCAAUAAUUAUCCGACAAGAAGAGGUGGUUUGCUUAGAUUUGGCCGCAACGGCACAAGCUGACUUGGAUGUUGUUAUGCCGAUGAUCGAUGCGGCUAUCAAAGCAUUGGAUGCGUUAAGCAAGAAAGAUGUGGCUGAAGUCAAGUCUUACGGGCGGCCACCAAUGAAAAUCGAGAAAGUCAUGGAGGCAGUACUGAUACUACUGGGAAAAGAGCCAACUUGGGAAAAUGCAAAAAGGGUGCUCGGUGAUGUAAAUUUUUUGAAUGACUUGAAAAACUUCGAGCGCGAUCAUGUCACCGACAAAACUCUAAAGCGCAUUGGAUUAUAUACGAAAAAUCCAGAGCUGGAACCCGAUAAGGUCGCAAUAGUAUCGGUGGCCUGCAAGUCACUUAUGCAGUGGAUUAUGGCUAUUGAGAAUUACGCCAAAGUAUAUCGCAUUGUGGCGCCGAAGCAGGAGAAGUUGGACAAUGCUAUGCGAUCGCUGGCCGAGAAGCAAGCGAUGUUGGCGGCUGCUAUGAAGAAGUUAGAAGAACUUAAUGCCGCGAUUGCGGAACUGUAUCGACAAUUGAAUGAAAAGACAGAGCUGCUAAACGAACUGCGGUUGAAAGAAGAGAAAUUGAGAAAACAACUUGAGCGCGCCAUCAUUCUAGUGGAAUCUCUGUCUGGAGAACGAGAGCGUUGGAUUGAGACUGUGGCCUCGUUGGAUCUAUCAUUCGAAAAGUUACCCGGCGAUUGUCUACUAGCUACUGCAUUCACAUCUUACCUCGGUCCAUUCGACACCAAGUAUCGUGAGAUUCUCAUUGAGCAAUGGGUAGCAUUAAUUACGUCGAAUCAAAUUCCUGCCACGGACGAUAUGAAAAUAACACUUUUCCUCAGCGAUGCUGUAACUAUCCGCGAAUGGAAUAUACAGGGUCUACCCGCCGAUGACUUCAGCACUGAAAAUGGUGUUAUUGUAAUGCGCGGACAACGAUGGCCACUAAUUAUAGAUCCACAAUCACAAGCGAAUACUUGGAUCAAAAAUUACGAGGCAAAUAACGAUUUAAAAGUGAUUGAUUUUUCCCAAAUUGAUUACCUCCGUUCACUGGAACGUGCAAUGUCAGCUGGUAACCCGGUACUAUUGCAAAAUGUUGGCGAAGCCUUGGAUCAAGCUAUAAAUCCCAUUUUACGUAAAAGCUACACUAUGCAAGGAGGCCAGAAGCUGAUUAAGUUCAAUGACAAAUAUAUAUCCUACAAUGAUAACUUUAAGCUGUACAUAACUACAAAAAUAACAAACCCACACUAUCCUCCGGAAAUUUCAUCCAAGACGACAAUAGUUAAUUUCGCUGUAAAACAAGAUGGCUUGCAAGCGCAACUUUUGGGCAUAAUUGUGCGCAAGGAAAAACCAGCACUCGAGGAGCAAAAAGAUGAGUUAGUGUUGACGAUCGCGCGCAAUAAACGCACACUCAUCGACUUGGACAACGAGAUCUUGCGAUUGUUGAAUGAAAGUCGUGGCUCACUGCUCGAGGACGACGAACUUUUCGCUACAUUACAAAAGUCGCGCCAGACUUCAGUUUUAGUGAAGGAAUCCUUGGCCACUGCCGAAGUCACGGAGAUCGAGAUCGACUCUGCACGCCAAGAAUACCAACCAGCUGCCGAACGAGCAGCCAUACUCUUCUUUGUGCUCAUGGAUAUGUCGAAAAUCGACCCGAUGUACGAAUUUUCACUCGCUGCUUACGUUUUACUCUUCAUGCAAUCUAUUGAGCGUAGCCCGAAGCAUCAGAUCGUCUUUGAGCGUAUACAGAACAUCAACGAUUAUCACACAUAUUCGGUGUACAAGAACACAUGCCGAGGUCUGUUCGAAAUGCACAAACUGCUCUUCUCCAUACACAUGACAGCCAAAAUUCUAGAAAUUGCUGGAAAGCUGGUAGUAGAAGAGUAUGAUUUCAUUCUAAAGGGUGGCAUUGUACUGGACAAGCAGAAUCAGGCGCCAAAUCCAAGUCCAGUGUGGAUUAGCGAACAAGCUUGGGAUAACAUAACGGAACUAGACAAAGUGCCAGGAUUCCAUGGCAUAGUCGACUCCUUUGAGGAGAACGCAAAAGCGUGGCAAACGUGGUAUGCCACUACAAUGCCGGAGACCGAGGACCUUAUCGGUGAGUGGAAUGACAAAUUGACAGAUUUCGAGAAAAUAUGUAUAGUUCGGUGUUUACGUCCCGAUCGCAUCUCGUUCUGUCUCACUCAAUUCAUUAUCAAUACACUUGGCCCACGUUUUGUUGAACCACCCGUAUUGGAUUUGAAGGCCGCCUUUGACGAGUCCUUAUCGCAAACACCACUCAUCUUCGUGCUUUCGCCCGGUGUGGAUCCAACACAAUCACUCAUCACGUUGGCUGAACAAUGUAAAAUGUCCUCACGCAUGUUCUCACUCAGUUUGGGUCAAGGUCAAGCGCCGGUUGCUACGAAAAUGAUCAUGGAUGGUGUACGCGAUGGUAAUUGGGUAUUUCUAGCCAAUUGUCAUCUUUCGUUGAGUUGGAUGCCAAAUUUAGACAAAAUUAUUGCAACAAUGCAAACAAUGAAGUUGCAUAAACGUUUUCGUUUAUGGUUGAGUUCGAGUCCGAAUCCUGAAUUUCCGAUUUCCAUACUCCAAUCGAGCAUUAAAAUGACCACAGAACCACCACGUGGUAUAAAGGCCAAUAUGCGACGUCUAUAUAAUAAUAUUAACGAACAGAAUUUCGAAACGAUUGACGAAACGGGCAAGUACAAGAAACUAUUGUUUGCACUAUGCUUCUUCCACACGGUCUUGCUGGAACGCAAGAAAUUUUUGCAACUCGGUUGGAAUGUCAUCUACAGCUUCAAUGAUUCUGAUUUUGAGGUCUCAGACAUCUUGCUAGCUUUGUAUUUAAACGAGUAUGAAGAGACGCCUUGGGGUGCACUCAAAUAUCUUAUUGCCGGUAUCAAUUAUGGUGGACACGUGACCGACGAUUGGGAUCGACGCUUACUAACAACUUAUAUAAAUCAAUUUUACAGCGAUAAUGCUUUGACUACAAAUAAAUUUCGCUUGUCUUCACUGAUUAAUUACUUCAUACCUAGCGAUGGGGAUCUCCAAUCCUACAUAGAUCAAAUUCAACAAUUCCCCAAUUUCGACAAACCAGAAGCGUUCGGCCAACAUCCCAAUGCCGAUAUUGCCUCACUGAUAGGCGAAACUCGUCUGCUCUUCGAGACGCUCAUGUCAAUGCAGGUGCAAACCACUACUUCGGUGGGUGAGAGUAUGGAGACUAAAGUCUUGCGUUUAGCUAAGGACAUAUACGCAAAAACGCCAGACGAAAUCAAUUAUGAGCAGACCGCCAAACUGAUCGGUAUCAAUCGUUCGCCUCUCGAAGUGGUACUGCUGCAGGAGAUUGAACGCUACAAUUAUUUACUAAGCAGAAUGAAAGUACAUAUGCGUGAUUUACAGCGUGGCAUAAAAGGACUUGUGGUGAUGAGUACCGAGUUGGAGGAAAUUUAUCAAUCAGUUUAUGAAGGUCGCGUGCCCGGAGCAUGGCUCAAAGCCUAUCCUUCACUGAAACCACUAGCUGCUUGGUCGCGUGAUCUCAUUCUACGCAUAGAGCAUUUCGCUCAAUGGGCCAAAACUUUGAAACAACCACAGCUCUUCUGGUUGGCCGCAUACACUUUUCCCACCGGUUUUCUCACAGCAGUGCUACAGACAUCGGCACGUGCCAGCCGCACACCCAUCGACGAAUUGUCAUGGGAGUUUUUUGUUUUCAUCGAAGAGGAUGCGGCUGCAGCGCGUAUUACCCGUGAAGGUGGCGGCGUUUAUGUGCGUAGUUUAUUUUUGGAGGGGGCCGGUUGGUUGCGUAAAAUGCAAUGCUUGCAAGAUCCUCAGCCCAUGGAAUUGAUUUGCCCUAUGCCUGUGAUACAUUUCAAGCCGGUGGACAAUCUAAAGAAGAAGACUCGUGGCAUGUACCAAUGCCCAGCGUAUUAUUAUCCACAGCGUGCCGGCUCCUUCAUCAUAGCGGUAGACUUGAAGUCGGGCAUUGAAAACUCGGACUAUUGGAUUAAGCGUGGCACUGCUUUGUUACUCAGUUUGAGCGUUUAAGCGUUGGAUAAUACCGCAUCAUUUUUGCCUUUUUAUCCUUUUUUUAUCCGUGCUUUGUAAUUUAUUAAUUUUACGGCAUGUUAUGUAAUUAUCUAUUCGAGCUCUUAUUGCGAACAAAUGCAGCUUUUUUCGAGCUUUAAACUCUA